AUAGUCGCCCACACUUUAAAAUCAGUGUGCUUUCAGCCAGACGCUUGGUCAUCGGUGUGGUGGACCUAGGAGGAAGAGGAGGAGGAGGAGGCGUACACUCAGGCUCGGUGCUGAGGUCCUCGUGCGGGUGACGCAACGUCCUCGUUCCAGCGGCGGUUUGUUGUCGCGUGGUUCUUGUUUACUGGCUUUUCGCUUACUGUAAGUAUCUGUGCGUCGCCUUUAUAACACUCCUUUAGCUGAGGUAGCGUUUUCUCCGUCCGCUCAUGCAGCAACAAUAAAUUAAAACCACCGUGACCGACAUGCCAGUUUGUGGAAAGUUUCGUUUUGAAACGUUCUUUUCUGACCUGUCAGUCGCUAAUUCCAGCCGGUCUGAGUCUCUUCUGCGUCGGGGCGGCUGCCCCUGUUUCCACCCUCUUCCUCCUCAGCGAGCGAGCCCUGCGCCCUUUAGGAGCCACACAUUCACCCUGCAUCUGUCCACAGACACGCGUGAACCCCGAGUACAGGCGUGCUGUGUGUGUUACAGGCUCACAUUCAUAGAGAGGAGGGAGCUUUGAAGAGAUCUGGUUGCAGCCAGUUUUGAAGUCUGUUAGCAACCGUCCACAGAUGCACGGAGGCCCUUUUAACCUUGGACUGCUCUGACUGGUCCUUACAGCUUGUUGGGUUUAAAAACAGAGAAAGACGUGUUUUAAAGUCACAUCUUUUCCAGGCCAGGGGUAUAAAUAGUUUUGGGCUUAAUAGUAAAUAAAGUUCCAACAACAGCAAAGCACGCAGCCUGGACCGCUUACAACCUACUGAUGUAGCUGUUUAGUGUCACAGCAUGGAAAAUUUUCAACUCAAGAUGGCCAAGCAUGUAUCUCAGCUGCUUCUGUCUGGGACUUUGCUGUUUGGGCUGGUAAUCUACACAGCGUCACAAAGAGGAGCCGGAGAAAGGUUCAAAACGAUGCCCAACUUCAUCAUCGUACUGGCAGACGAUAUAGGCUGGGGAGACCUGGAUGCUAACCAACCAGAGAAACAGACAAACAAUACCCCAAACCUUAACCAGAUGGCCCAGCAAGGGCUCAGAUUAACAGACUUCCACUCCCCUGCCUCUACCUGCUCUCCAUCGCGGGCUGCUAUCCUCACAGGCCGUUAUGGCCUCAGAAAUGGAGUGACUCAUAACUUUGGUGUGAAUUCUGUGGCCGGCCUGCCUCUUUCUGAAGUCACUUUGCCCCAGCUCCUGCAGCAGGCUGGUUAUUACACUGCCAUUAUUGGCAAAUGGCACCUUGGACACAACGGACCUUACCGUCCAAACAACAGAGGGUUCGAUUACUACUUAGGUAUUCCUUACAGUAAUGACAUGGGCUGUACUGACACACCAGGAUACGAUCUACCCCCGUGUUUCCCUUGUGUCUCAUCAGAACCUCAAGUGAUCAGACAGAGAAGGAGCGUGCAUGGUGGCUGCUAUUCAAAGGUGGGCCUUCCUCUGGUUGAAAACGGCUCUAUUGUGGAGCAGCCGCUUGACCUUUGGGCGCUAACAGAGAAGUACAAAUCCGCUGCACUCAGGAUUAUACGCAGUGCAAGGGCCCGAGCACAGCCGUAUCUUCUUUUUGUCGCAUCAGCUCACAUGCACGUCCCACUCGCACCCUCUGUGGCUAACUCUUCAGCUGACAGAGUGUACGCUGCGAGCCUGCAAGAACUCGACAGUCUGGUGGGGGCAUUAAAGGUCGCUGCUGAUGAAGCAGAUAAAGGAAAUACUCUAAUCUGGUUCACUGGUGACAAUGGCCCUUGGGAACAAAAGUGCCAGUUUGCAGGAAGUGUUGGACCUUUCACUGGAACAUGGCAGAUCAAAAAAGGUGGGGGUUCAGCUAAGCAAACCACCUGGGAAGGAGGCCACAGGGUGCCCACUGUGGUAUAUUGGCCAGGCAAGAUCCCAGCAAACACCACCAGCUCAGCCCUGCUCAGUGGUAUGGACAUCUUUCCAACCGUUCUGUCCUUGGCAGGGGUAGCGCCCCCCUCAGACAGGCGUUAUGAUGCUACUGAUGCCACAAAUGUUCUCCUGCACGGUGAUCACUCUGGUCAUGAGUUUCUCUUCCACCCUAACAGUGGUGCUGCAGGAAAGUUUGGGGACUUGCAAACAGUUCGAGCAGGAAAACAUAAAGCUUUCUACAUCACAGGUGGAGCAGAAGCUUGCAGUGGUGGAACCGGAGAGGAGCAGCUCCACGACCCGCCUCUGAUAUUUGACUUGGAGCAUGAAGAGGCCGAAGAAACACCCCUGCAGUUUGACACACCUGACUACAGGGCGGUUGCACAAAAGGUUGCCCGCAAGAGAGAGGAACUCCUAUGGGACAUUGCCACGGACACAUCAGUGUCCACAGCAGACUACAGCCAAGAUGAAUUAGCAGCACCAUGCUGUGACCGAAGGCAGGCUGUCUGCCGAUGCCACACUGUGUUCUGAGGCUAGAAGAGAACACAAAAACCUGUUAAAAACAAAAUGAGGUAGGCAAACAAAAGUGGACACCGCUAUCUCAUUUGCAUGUAUGCAGCAGUUGGUGUGCAGAAAGUGUUGAUUAAAAGGUUCAAUGUCCAGAUGCAGCAGAUGUGCAAACAAGAAAGCCCUGCAGCUGAGCUUUGGUCUUUAAUCCACAGCGUCGCUGGUCCUGUUGUCUUUUAGAUCGAUAUUUGGAAAAAUAAACAAUGCAUCUGGAGUUGAGAGACAGCGUACAUUUUAAAGGGGCAUAGUCACGCACCAUAACUAGAAAAAAACACACAAAAAACAUACAUUCAUCUUCAAAUAAAACAAUAUACACCAA